CUCCGCCGCGAAAUCUGAAUCUCCGAAUCUGUGCUUUAUGGCUUUUCCCAACAUGCAAUUGCAACACCCAUCUCCUCCUGCUUACAAGGUGCUCCAGACCUUCGCCAACACCGAAGAGGACUGUCCGGGACCUAGAUGUGGCCAUACUCUCACGGCGGUUCUCUUCAACCUGAUCCUCUUCGGCGGAAGUACUGCCGUCACGAGCGAUGGCUCCGGGAUCUGUUUAGAUGGUGUGACCAAUUCGGUGCAUUGUUUGAAUGUUUUCACAAGGAAGUGGGCAAGGAUUUGUCCGGAAGGUCAGCCUCCGUCUCCGAGAGCUUGUCAUGCAGCGGCUGCAAGUGGCCGCUUGCUCGCUAUUCUGGGUGGGAUUGGUCCAGAUGGGCCUUGUAACGGAGAUCUCCACAUUCUUGAUAUGACUAGUGAUAAGUUCGUGUGGCAUAAGGUGGUGGUUCAAGGGGAGACUCCAGGCCCUCGUUAUGGCCAUGUUAUGGGUAUAGCCGACGGCAGGCUUACCUUCUUCGGCGGGAAACUUGGAAAUGAAAAUCUGGCCGAUGCAUGGUCACUGGAUACCACUCGGGAACCAAACGUGUGGGAAAGAUUGAACAAAUCUGGCAAUCUGCCAAGUGCGAGUAUGUCACAGGUUUUGGUUCAUGGGCGUUCUCACCACGCUGCUGAAUCUGUUUUCAACCGCAUUUAUGUAUUUGGUGGAAUCACAGAAGGUCUAUUGCUUGAUGAUGUCCUACUCUCUGAUCCUGUUGAUAACCCCCAAACAGAACAAGCAAACCCUUCUUAUAUUAGGAGGAGCUUGAGCGAGAGUUCAUUGGCUAGAUUGGCGGAGGCUCAUGCAAACUUACCAACUGUAGAAAAUGGUUUCUAUGCUCCGCUUCAACAGGGAGCUGUUGAGAGAUCAAACCAGAGACAGCUUAGCUCUGACCAGUUUAUGAGGCCACAGUUGAUCAGACCACAAAAGUCUACUCAAGACUUAGUUAAAAAGGUCAUUUCAACGUUGUUGAGACCUAAUUCCUGGGAAGCUCCUGCCUCUCGAAAGUUUUUCUUGAGUUAUACGGAAGUGGUUGAUCUGUGCAUUGCUGCGAAAGAUAUAAUCAAGGAAGAACCCACAUUGUUGCAGCUUAAUGCCCCCAUCAAAAUCUUUGGGGAUCUCCAUGGGCAAUUCAGAGACAUGAUGAGACUCUUUUAUGAGUACGGAAGCCCUUCUACAAAGGAAGGAGAUAUCUCGUAUAUUGACUAUUUGUUUCUGGGAGAUUAUGUGGACCGAGGGACACACAGCUUGGAGGUCAUCAUGUUGCUGCUUGCUUUGAAGGCAAAGAUAAUUGAAUAUCCGACGAACAUCCACUUGAUUCGUGGAAAUCAUGAGUCUCGUCUGACGAACGAAGUCUAUGGUUUCAAAGCAGAAUGCAUGGAAAGAAUGGGGGUUAGCGAUGGGGAACAAGCAUGGGAACAGAUAAACAUCCUUUUCAAUCUUCUUCCUCUUGCUGCGCUUAUCGAGAAGAAAAUCUUGUGUAUGCACGGUGGGAUUGGAGCGUACGUAAAUACGUUGGAAGCUAUUGCAGAUAUCCACAGGCCCGUUUACCCUGAUUCCGAAUAUGCACCCAACAUUGUUAAAGACUUAUUAUGGUCUGAUCCUACAGAGAAUGAUAGCGUUUUGGGGGUAAGACGAAACGCUAGAGGAAAAGGUGUUUACUCGUUUGGGCCUGAUGUAGUCAAGGACUUCUGCGAGAGGAAUAAGGUAGAUAUGAUUGUAAGAGCGCAUGAGUGUGUCCUCGAUGGCUUCGAAAGGUUUGCGCAAGGACAGCUUAUUACUGUCUUUUCUGCUACAAACUACUGCGGAAAUAUAAACAAUGCUGGAGCAAUAUUGGUUAUUGGUAGAGAUCUGGUGGUUGUUCCCAAGUUGAUUCAUCCUCUUCCACCUCCCAUCUCACCUUCAGAAAACUCUCUGGACAACACAUGGAUGGAGGUGGACAGCGAGGGGCCACCUACUCCGGUUCGAGGGGGGCGAACGGCUGCCUUUGAGCAAGGCUCAACUUCAUAAAGGAAGAAGAGAAGUUGCGGUUCAAGAGGUCCAAGUGUUGUUCAUCUGCAAGCCGCAAAAGACUUAUCAUUGCUCUAAUCCCUUUCUUUUCUUCUAUCUUUUCUCAAAACUCUGUUUUAUUUGGUAUUUUCUUUUCUUCUAUCUUUUCUCGAAACUCUAUUUUAUUUGGUAUUUGUGGGAGAGCCGG